AUGGAGUUGAACUUUUAUAUCGUCAUUGAGUUGAACUUUGAUAUCGUCAUGAUGGAGUUGAACUUUUAUAUCGUUAUGAUGGAGUUGAAUUUUCAUAUCGUCAUGAUGGAGUUGAACUUUUAUAUCGUCAUGGAGUUGAACUUUUAUAUCGUUAUGAUGGAGUUGAACUUUUAUAUCGUCAUGGAGUUGAACUUUUAUAUCGUCAUGAUGGAGUUGAACUUUUAUAUCGUCAUUGAGUUGAACUUUGAUAUCGUCAUGGAGUUAAACUUUUAUAUCGUCAUGGAGUUGAACUUUUAUAUCGUCAUGAUGGAGUUGAACUUUUAUAUCGUCAUGGAGUUGAACUUUUAUAUCGUUAUGAUGGAGUUGAACUUUUAUAUCGUCAUGGAGUUGAACUUUUAUAUCGUCAUGAUGGAGUUGAACUUUUAUAUCGUCAUUGAGUUGAACUUUGAUAUCGUCAUGAUGGAGUUGAACUUUUAUAUCGUUAUGAUGGAGUUGAACUUUUAUAUCGUCAUGAUGGAGUUGAACUUUUAUAUCGUCAUGAUGGAGUUGAACUUUUAUAUCGUCAUGGAGUUGAACUUUUAUAUCGUCAUGAUGGAGUUGAACUUUUAUAUCGUCAUGGAGUUGAACUUUUAUAUCGUCAUGGAGUUGAACUUUUAUAUCGUCAUGAUGGAGUUGAACUUUUAUAUCGUCAUGGAGUUGAACUUUUAUAUAUCCUCAUGGAGUAGAACUUUUAUCUAUCGUCAUGUAGUUUUAACUUUUAUAUCGUCACGGAGUUGA